ACAUGAGAAAGUCAAAUCAGGAACAAAAUGGCUGCUGCCGGGGACGAAGCUACUGCAAUGGAUAGCAUCUCCAGGGCACCAGCGGCUCAUUCAGCGGUUCUAAACCCGACGGCAAGCACAAGCAGUCAGGCUGAAGGCCCGGAGGAUGCAACGAGCAGCCCGGCGCAAGCUCCCAAAAAACCCCACAACAGUGAUGGUGGUGUGGAGACAGCAGAGGAGGCUGUGGAGCCUGCAGAGCCUGAUAUCAAUGAACUGUGCUCUGAUAUGUUUGAAAAGAUGGCCGUCUUCUUGCAGGGAGAACUCACAGCCACAUGCGAGGAUUACCGUUUGUUGGAGAACAUGAACAAGUUAACCAGUCUGAAGUACAUGGAAAUGAAGGAUAUCAGUAUCAAUAUCAGCCGGAACCUGCAGGAUCUCAACAACAAAUAUGCGAGCCUACAGCCUUAUUUGGACCAAAUAAAUCAGAUUGAAGAGCAAGUGUCGACUCUUGAACAAGCUGCUUACAAACUGGACGCCUACUCUAAAAAACUGGAGGCCAGAUUCAAGAAACUGGAGAAGCGAUGAGGACGACAACAAAGAUGAAGGCUGAAAUUAAUGGUACCUUCUCACCUUUCACCUUUCACCCUGCCCUGCUGUCGUCCCUCCUUUGCCAGUGUAGCCAGGAGCUGCAGGCAGGAUGUUAACUGAGACUGAAACAACAAACUGUCAGAGCCACUUUGACACCUCAAAUGAACUAAGGUGGAAGCAGCUGAGGGCUCACAAAUUAGUACCGCAGCACUUGGCUGAAGCUUUAUUUUGUUUUUGGCAGCAGACAUGCAGCAAAGACAUAUGUGAAUACAUGGUGAACAUCAAAGUUGAAUAAAUCAGCUAAACCACCUUCAGAGUGUACUAAUCCAAUGAUAAAGACGUAUAAACUCAGCAGACUGGCAGGUUCUUGUACCAGUACAGUAUAUAAGUAAGCACUCAAAACGUUUAGCAUAGAAUUAGUGCCCUGAAAUCUACAUCCAGAUGAUGUGUCCUUUUAGUUACAGAUCUGAGCAGUGUGAACAGCAUCACAUUCUGUUCAACUUAUUAAGAAAGGAU